CUGUCUGGAUCAUUUGCACCUUUUGUCUUGUGCAUGUCCAGAACUGUUUGUGUCUUAUUUGAUCCAAAAGAAGGACGAAAAAGGCCUGCACAAGACGUUUUAGAUAGAUUUAAAAGGUUAAACAGUGGUAUGUGGAUUCGUUGUGUUGCUGGUCGAAAUAAACUGCGUUAUGCAAAGAAUGAAACUUUUCAAACGACAAGUUUAUAUUAUGAAACGUGUACAAAAGAACAAUGUUUUAUGCUUGAUCGAAUGAUGACUCCAUUUUGGUUGCGACCAAAAUACUACGUAAAUGAUCCUUAUGAGCCUUAUCACGUUCGUCAUGGUCUUACGUCUGUUCGGACAUCAAAUGGCAAAUUAAAACGUGAGCGGCCGAAGAUCCUACUUGAAGACUGUAUUGCCGAUAAAUAUUUCUCACACAGAUAG